AUGCCUGGGCCCGAGUACAUUAUGGGCACGCAAGGCUUUGCCAUUGCCUGGACAAACAACAAUGUGUCCGAGCUAGUUGCUCAGCUUGACGCGGCCGGGAUCAAGAACUACGACACAGCCCAACUAUACCCAAUCAGUGACUCUGGAGCUUCUGAACGCCUCCUGGGAAGCAUUAAGCGACCGGACUGGGUGAUCGACACUAAAAUUUUCUACCGACCCGAGGCCUUGUCCAAGGAGCACAUGGACGAGUCAAUUCACAAGAGCCUGGAGAACCUCGGAGUUACCAAGGUCAAUAUCCUCUACGCUCAUGCCCCGGACAAGCUCACCCCACUUGCGGACCAGGCCGCCAACUUCGAUCAACUGUAUCGUGCAGGUUUCUUUGAGAAGCUGGGGCUGUGCAAUUAUUCCCCUGCCGAGCUGAGCGAGUGGAUCACGAUCGCGACCGAAAAAGGCUACGUCCUGCCCACCGUCUAUCAGGGUCAGUAUAACCUCUUCUGUCGCCAGUAUGAGAAAGAGCUCUUCCCCCUGCUCCAGAAACAUGGAAUCCAGUUUAUUGCCAACUCUCCCCUGGCAGGUGGUUUUGCGACAGGUAAACUCACCCUGGCCAAGGACGCAGACCAGCUGAAGGGGACACGGUUUGAGCAAUCCGACGACAACAUGAUGGGCUACCUGUACCGCAUGUGGUACGACAAGCCAGUCUUCAAUGAUGCUGUACGACAACUCGUAGCCGCUGUGGAUGGGCUCAGUUUAGCACAGGUUUCCAUGCGAUGGCUUUUAUUUCAUUCCGGUUUGAAGACUACAGACAAGGUGGCCAUCGGGCCGACUAAGCUCAUUCAGCUGGAGGAUUACUUGGCCGCCCGCCGAGCUGGUCCUUUGUCGGAGGAUCUGGCAUCCAUGAUUGACCAGUUGUAUGAACCAAUGCGUGAAGAUGCUGCACCCUUGGUGGAGAUGGGAUGGUGGUCUAGGUGA